CACCUCCCGCGGGACGAGCGCUACGGCGCCAUCGGCCAGAAGGGCAUCACGCUCUGGAUGACGGGCCUCAGCGGCUCGGGCAAGUCGACGAUCGCGGGCGCGCUCGAGGAGCGGCUCGUCCUGGAGCACGGCAAGGUCGUCCAGAUGCUCGACGGGGACAACGUGCGCACGGGCCUCAACCGCGACCUCGGCUUCUCGCCGUCGGACCGCGCGGAGAGCGUCCGCCGCGUCGGCGAGCUCGCGUGCCUCUUCAACGCCGGCGGCGUCAUCACGCUCGUGACCCUCGUGUCGCCCUACCGCGCGGACCGCGACGCGGCCAAGGCGCGCCACGGCGACAUGGGCCUCAAGUUCCUCGAGGUCUACAUGAACGUGGACAUCGACGUCGUCCAGGCGCGGGACCCCAAGGGCCUCUACGCCAAGGUCAAGGCCGGCGAGAUCACGUCCUUCACGGGCAUGUCCGAGGACGCGCCCUACGAGAUGCCCCUCCACCCGGACAUCGACCUCCCGAACAACGAGAUGACCAUCGACGAGUCCGUCGACAUGCUCAUGGAGAUCCUCACGCUCGAGGGCGUCCUC